AGAGCACCCGCUUCUGCGCAUGCGCACCACAACAUAGCGUUAGCGCAUGCUAGUAGUUAUUACUCUGUGCUCGUUUAUUAUUUGCCUUAAUUCCGAUCAAAAUGCCACCAAAGGGGAAAGGUGGCAAGGGCGGUAAAGGAGCCGCUUCAGGAGGCGCAGAGGCUGAGAAGAAAGAAAAGGGCCCCAAAGGAGGCACCUCAGUCAAGGUUCGACACAUCCUCUGUGAAAAACAUGGCAAGUGUAUGGAAGCAAUGGAGAAACUUAAAGCAGGAGUUCGAUUCAGUGAAGUAGCUUCACAGUACAGUGAAGACAAAGCCAGACAAGGAGGUGAUCUGGGGUGGAUGACACGAGGAUCGAUGGUUGGACCGUUCCAGGACGCAGCGUUUGCCCUGCCUAUUAGUUCCAUGGAUAAACCUGUGUACACAGACCCACCUGUCAAGACAAAAUUUGGGUACCACAUCAUUAUGGUAGAAGGCAAAAAAUAGCUCAGAGAAAGAUAAAAAAAAAAACAAGGGCAAAGAAAAUGGUGCAGGUGUGGGAUAUUGUACACUAUUACACUAACAAAUCAGUUACAGUCAAUGUGUUUUAAUAUUAACCUUUGCAGCCACUGACCUCUCAUUAUUUUGUUAAGUAGUAACACACAAAAUGGCCAAAUAAAUGAAUUUUCAUUCUUGAAAUGCA